AUGAGCAUCGACGAUUAUCCGCACGUUCGAAAGAACGUCCCUUAUCAUUUUUAUGAUGGUCGAUACUUGAUCUAUCUCUUACUGUUACUUUCUUUCUUUCUUUCUUUUUUUCUUUCUUUCUUUCUCCCCACCCAAUUGCCUUUGCUCUUUUUUCAGUUUUUUUCCUCUUUUUCUUUUGGCUGUUCAUCGAUUUCUUUUUCUUUCUUUCUUUCUUUCUUUCUCUUUUUUUCUUUUUUUCAUUUUUCCUCUUUUCCUUUCGUUUCUUUUUCAGUAUUUUUCUUUCUUUUUUCUUUCUUUUUUCAGUUCAUCGAUUUCCUUUUCUUUUUCUUUUUCCUUUUUCUUUUGGCUUCAUCUUUUUUUUCUUUCUUUCUUUCUUUCUUUCUUUUCUUUCUUUCUUUCCCCCCACCCCUUUGCCUUUUUUCAGUUUUUUCUCUUUUUUUUGGCUGUUCAGUAUUUUUCCUUUCUUUUUUCUUUUUUCAGUUCAUCGAUUUCUUUUUUCUUUUUUCUUUCUUUUUCUUUCUUUCUUUCUUUCUUUCUUUCUUUCUUUCUUUCUUUCUCCCCACCCAAUUGCCUUUGCUCUUUUUUCAGUUUUUUUCCUCUUUUUCUUUUGGCUGUUCAUCGAUUUCUUUUUCUUUCUUUCUUUCUUUCUUUCUUUCUUUCUCCACACCCACUUACCUUUGUUCUUUUUUCAGUAUUUUUCCUCUUUUCUUUUGGCAGUUCAUCGAUUUCUUUUUCUUUCUUUCUUUCUUUCUUUCUUUCUUUCUUUUUUUCUUUCUUUCUUUCUCCCCACCCAAUUGCCUUUGCUCUUUUUUUCAGUUUUUUCCUCUUUUUUUUUUUGGCUUUUCAUUCUUUUUUCUUUUUUCUUUCUUUUUUCUUUCUUUCUUUCUCCCCCACCCACUUUUUUCUUUCUUUUUUCCUCUUUUUCUUUCAUCUUUCUUUUUCUUUCCCUUUCCCUUUUUUCCUUUCUUUCUUUCUUUUUUCUUUCUUUCUUUUUUUUUCCCUCUUUUUCUUUUGGCAGUUCAUCGAUUUCUUUUUCUUUCUUUCUUUCUUUCUUUCUUUCUUUCUUUCUUUCUUUCUUUCUUUCUCCCCACCCAAUUGCCUUUGCUCUUUUUUUUUUCUCUUUUUUUUGGCUCUUUUUUCUUUUUCUGUUCAUUCUAUUUUUCUUUUUUCUUUCUUUCUUUCUUUCUUUCUUUCUCCACCCACCUUUGCUCUUUUUCUUUUUUUCUUUUUUUUGGCAUUAGUCCACUUCAAGUUUUAUUUUCUACUCUCCUUUGUCAUUUAUUUAAAUUUUUCUUUAUUUCCUCUUCAUUUUAUUUUAAUCUGCACAUAUGUUUUCUUUCUCAUUUCCAUCUUACCAACUGGCUUUUCCUUCAUUCUUCUGUAGAUUGUUUCUCUGUUGGUGUUUUUUGUCUUUUUUUGUGUAUGGUGGGCAUUAUCUUCUCCUUUUCUUUCUUUCUUUCUUUCUUUCAUGCAGAAUUCAAUUCUUUCUUUCUUUUUUACCCUCUCGAUUAUCUUAGUUCUUUAUUUAAAAUAUGUCUACUCUCUUUCUUUUUGAUACAAUUUACAGCCUUUUCUUUCUUUAUUUCUUUCGUUCUUUCUUUCUUUCUUUCGUUCUUUCUUUCGUUCUUUCUUUCUUACGCUCCCAAUGGACUUUGUUCUUUUUUUUUUUUUUUUUUUAUUAAUUCUUUUUUUGCCAGCCCCUUUCUUUCUUUCUUUCUUUCUUUCUUUCUUUCUUUUCUUUUUUUCAAAUCUUUUUCCACGAUAGCAUUUGUUCUCUUUUUCGGUAUUUUUUUUUUACUUUUAGCAUUUCUUUUUUCUUUCUUUCUUUCUUUCUUUCUUUCCGUAAUUGCCUUUAUUCUUAUUUCAUACUGUCUUUCUUUUUCUUUCUUUCUUUCCUUCUUCUUUCUUUAUUUCUUUCUUUCAUUUUUUUCCUCAUAA